AUGCCACAACAAGGAAUAUUCCAGCCAUUGGAAGAGCCUAUGCAAGUGGAUGCUUCUCCUGAAGAAAAUGAAAAUGUCAAAGAUGGGCACACUAUUGUAGAAAACACUACUUUGGAUCUUGACUCCUAUGCCAAACAGUAUGAAGGAAUUGCCCGACUCAACCGGUUAAUCUUUAUUGCUGACCACUGUCCAACUUUGAAAGUGGAAGCUCUUCGGAUGGCACUGGCUUACGUACAGACAGCACACGACACAAGCCUCUACCAACAAAUACACAGACGACUGCAAGAAAUUCCUUCCACGUUACCAGAUGCAGUAGCCAACCUUCCUCCUCUGGACAAUCAAUGGAUUGAGAUGACCAUAAAGAAGGGACAAUUAAAAUUAGAAAAACUUGACACAGAUCUGAAGAAUUACAAAAGCAAUUCAAUAAAAGAAAGUAUACGACGAGGCAAUGAUGACUUAGGAGACCAUUACUUGGAUAUGGGAGAUUUAUGCAAUGCCUUGAAAUGUUAUUCUAGGGCCCGAGACUACUGCACCAGCCCCAAACAUGUGGUUAAUAUGUGUCUAAAUGUCAUCAAGGUUAGUGUAUACUUGGAAAAUUGGUCUCAUGUGAUCAGUUAUGUUCAAAAAGCUGAAAGUACAACUGGCCGAACGGAAGAUGUGGAUCCAAUUGUGCAGACCAAAUUGAAAUGCGCUGCUGGAUUGGCUGAUUUGGCCACUGGAAAAUACAAGGCUGCUGCCAAAAAUUUCCUGCAAGCCUCAUUUGAUAAUUUCAAUUAUCCAGAGUUGCUUUCAUCAAGUAAUGUUGCCACAUAUGGGGCAUUAUGUGCACUUGCUUCAUUUGAUCGUCAGGAACUGCAGAAAAAUGUCAUUUCCAGCAGUUCUUUUAAAUUAUUUCUAGAAUCUGACCCUCAACUUCGGGAUAUUUUGCAUAUGUUUUAUCAGUCCAAAUAUGAUUCCUGCCUAACACUAUUGGAAAAAAUUAAGAAUAAUUUACUACUGGAUAUGUAUUUGGCUCCACAUGUUAAUGCUCUCUAUAUACAAAUUAGGAACAGAGCCCUUUGUCAGUAUUUCAGUCCCUAUCUCUCUGCUGAUAUGCACAAGAUGGCUGAAGCAUUCAAUACAAAUGUAAAGGAUUUAGAAGAUGAGUUGAUGCAACUAAUUUUGGAGGGUCAGAUUAAUGCUAGGAUAGACUCACAUAACAAGAUUUUAUAUGCCAAAGAUAUUGAUCAACGGAGUUCAACUUUUGAGAAAUCUAUAGCCAUGGGACAAGAAUAUGAACGCAGAACAAAAGCUUUGAUAUUACGAUCAGCCAUGUUAAAAUAUCAAGUGCAAGUCAAGUAA